CCCCUAAUCAAUCAAGGGUUUCCAGAUUGAACAUCAUCACCGUAGGCAGGACGAUGGCCGCCGACCAGGACAAGCCGCUCAAGGCUGCUCGUGUCGAGGGCAGGGAGGAUCACCUGGCACGCCUGCCGGAGGACGUGCUCGCCGACGUCCUCCGCCGCGUCCCGCCGCGUUGGGUGGCUGCCUCCCGCUGCGUCUGCAGGGCCUGGCGCGACGCCAUCGAUGCACACGGCCUCCUGCGCGCCGACCUGCUCCCGCUCUCGUUCGCUGGCCUCCUCAUCCACUUCGACAAGCACAAGUAUACCGAAUUCUUCGCUCGUCCCUCCGCCCAUGCGGUCAGCGGCAACCUCAGCUUCCUGCCUUCCACUGCCCCUCAUGCUGGUACUAUAUGGGAUGACGCCAGUGAUUGGGACGACUACAAGAUUCAGAAUCAUUGCAACGGGCUCCUCUUGCUUAGCGACAACCAUGUGGUUAACCCAGCCAUCCGAAGGUGGAAUGCUUUGCCACCGUGCCCGGCCAAAGAUGGUACAUGGUACAUGUGGUACCGUGGGCAUUUGGUCUAUGAUCCGAUGGUAUCACCACAUUACGAGGUGUUCAUGGUCCCAAGUUUGCGUGAUAAAGAUGAUCCUUCUAAUCGUCCUGACCUCUUGAUGGAGAAAUCUGAAUGGCCGCCGUCUCCAUGCAAGAUGUAUGUAUUCUCAUCAAGGUCGGGUUGUUGGGAGGAGAAGUAUUUCAUCCGACAAGGCGAUGCUGCGGGGAUCGUUAGUGAGAUGCAAGUGGGCUGGCCGGAGUUCAGGACCGCUGUAUAUUUUCGAAGAGCACUUUAUAUAUACAGCGAAGCAGCGUUUCUUAUGAGAAUAUCACUGUCAGAUACUGCAUAUCAUGUAAUAAAACCACCUUUUGAUAUUAAAGUAAAGGACUGUUGUCUACACACUGAUAUAGUAUCAGAAAAGGGGGUGUACUUUGUGGCAUUUGAAGAUGAUAAGUGUUGGCUUCGAGUUUGGAUCCUUAAUGAAUCAUGUGGCCAAAUGGAGUGGAUGUUGAAGCAUGACAAAGACCUUAACCCUGUGCUAGCACGCCACCGGUUUGACCAACGAGUACAUGGACCCUGGAUCUUAGAAGAUAUUAACUACAACCUAUUUCGUUCUUCUCAUUCUUCAAAUGAGAUCAAGGAAGCAUCAACCGAACAGAUAUAUGAAUGGAACUCUAACAAUGAUGAUGACGAUGUUGAAAAUUGCCACCAGAAUAAAGACGGUCGUCACAAGGAAUAUGAUAUUCAGAUACUUGGGUUUCACCCCCAUAAAGAGAUUGUCUUCAUGAGUGAAUCUCAGGAGACAGGACUAUCAUAUCACUUAAACGGCUCGAAGAUUGAAGUCUUAGGGAGUAUAUACCCAAAGGAGUAUUCAUUUUUCAAAGAGCUAUUAAAUGACAUGGAGUACUUCACUUCUUUUCCAUACACCCCAUGUUGGAUUGAAGAGUUUCCUCAGAACAACUAGUCGAGUAGUUUAUCUCACCUACGGGAUUAUGUUAGUUGAUAUCUAUUUGAGCAAGAAAAUGGAUGGAUUGCACAAGACGUAUAGUUACCUUCAAUUUAUAUGUAUUUAUAAUAAGGAUUAGGAUCAAUUAAUUUCCACUGGAAGGAUUUACAAUUA